UUAUUAUUCUACGCUCGUAGGACUAAUCAAACCAAAGAGAUAAAAUAUAAAUUAAAAAAAAAAAGAGAAAAAAAAAAAAAAAUAUCUUCUACUUCUUCUUCUUUCAUUGAUGUGUACGCUUCACCUCUAAGUUUUGACCAAAAGCUUCGUUAUUUUCUUCUAUUGGAAUAUACUCUCGUCAGAAUGCGUUUCAACUAGAGAUUCACUCUUCAUAUCUCGUCUUCGUGAUGAAUUGUCCAUGGAGAUGAUGAGCUCAUCUUCUUCUUCUACUACACAAGUUGUAUCAUUGAGAGAGAUGGGGAUGUACGAACCGUUCCAACAGUUGUCUGGUUGGGAGAAUGCUUUCAACACUAUAGGUACUAGUAAUCAAAACAACAACAACAAUCCGAGCUCUUCCACAGUUCCUGAGGUGGAAGCAGAUGAUAACAAUAAGGCGAAUUAUACUUCUAUGUAUAAUAACUCUGUUGAAGCAGAACCGUCUAGUAACAAUGAUCAGGACGAUGACCAAAUCAAUGAUAAGAUGAAACGGCGAUUGGCUCAGAACCGAGAGGCUGCUCGCAAAAGCCGUUUGAGAAAGAAGGCACAUGUCCAGCAGUUAGAAGAAAGCAGGUUAAAGUUAUCACAGCUUGAGCAGGAACUUGCAAGAGCUAGGCAACAGGGAUUAUGUGUACGCAAUUCAUCAGAUUCUAGUUAUCUUGGACCAGCUGGGACCAUGAACACAGGAAUUGCUGCAUUUGAGAUGGAAUACACACACUGGCUAGAAGAACAGAACAAGAGAGUGAGCGAGAUUCGAACAGCACUCCAAGCGCAUAUCAGCGACAUUGAGCUCAAAAUGCUCGUCGACAUAUGUUUAAACCACUACGCUAAUCUCUUCCGCAUGAAAGCUGAUGCUGCAAAGGCUGAUGUCUUCUUCUUGAUAUCCGGUAUGUGGCGAACUUCAACCGAACGCUUCUUCCAGUGGAUUGGAGGUUUCCGCCCUUCCGAGCUCUUAAAUGUUGUGAUGCCAUACAUUGAGCCGUUAACUGAUCAGCAGCUCUUGGAGGUGAGAAACUUACAACAGUCGUCUCAGCAAGCAGAGGAAGCUCUUUCUCAAGGCUUGGAUAAACUUCAGCAAGGUUUGGUCGAGAACAUUGCAGUUGACAUAAGAGUUGUUGAGUCUGCGAAUCACGGAGCUCAGAUGGCUUCAGCUAUGGAGAAUCUUCAGGCGUUGGAGGGUUUUGUGAACCAGGCGGAUCAUCUGAGAAAGCAGACUCUGCAGCAAAUGAGUAAGAUCUUGACGACAAGGCAGGCUGCUAGAGGGUUGCUCGCUUUAGGAGAGUACUUCCACAGGCUCCGUGCGCUGAGUUCUCUUUGGGCAGCUCGUCCACGAGAACGCACUUAAACAAGUUUUAGGAGUCAAAACAAAGAGAAGGGAAGCACAAGGAAAACGAGGCAAACCUCGAAUGAUGUUUAGCUAGGGACUUUGUUUAUCUAUCUGUGAGUGAAAAGUGUAUGGAGAUGUAGAGUGAUUUUAUUCUCCAUUAGAGCAUCAUCUUACUCAUUGAUGUUUUUGGUUUUGCUUAAAUGAAUUCGUUAAGAGAAAUGAAUAAAGAUGUAAAUUUGGGUGGAAAACAUUUCAAGAUGUUAAUAUUUGUAUUUAAUGUCAACCCUCAAGUCUGCUACGAAUUUUUACCUUUA